ACGUCGUUUCCUGGUUCGUGAUGGCGGUCGAUUUGACUCCUAGGUUUAGAAGAUUAAACAGUCAAACGCGAAGCAUGCGGGAAAAUGCUCAAAUAGGUUCUUCUGGACCAUUUCGGGCCACUCAGCUUUGGAGGAGUCUAAUCCUUGCUCUGCACUCACAGCUAGAGGUGAGGCCGCGGAGGAAGCACCUGCGCACGCACAGCGACUGCUUUACGGGCUCGGAUGCGGUGGACGUGUUGCUCAGCCACCUGAUGCAGAACAUAUACUUCUGCUCCAGCGAGGUGUCCCGUCUCAAGGCCACCCGCCUCUGCCAGGCCCUGAUGGAGGCCAGGGUGUUUGAACCUGUUGGCACCAAGCUGUUCCGCCGCCAGAAGGACGCGGUGUUUGAAGACUCCAGUUGUAGCCUGUACCGCUUCCUGGACAGGGAUGCCUUGCCCGGCUCAAACGAGAAGCAGAGUGGGGAAGAGGAUAUGAGACCGGAUGAGAUCAGCUGGAGGAGGAGAAAAAAUCCCAGAUUGGAUCAAUUGAGGACAAUCUCCAACCCUCUUGCCAUGGAGUCCUCAGACAGGAGGCUAGAGAAGCUGCUGCAGACCAUCAAUCUGCACCCCUCCACCCCUUCAGCCCUGAUGACCGCUGCCCCUGCCAGCUUCCUGUCCAAGACCGUGGUAGAAGAGGUGUGGAAGCAGCAGACCUUUGUGCAGUUGCUGCAGAUUGUAGAGCUGCCCAUCCUGGACUGCAUCCUGACCUCUCCAGGCAAGACUGAGCUGCAGAGAGCUGCCCCAUUGAGUAACCACACUGACCUGGUCAUCUCCAACACCUGUGUGGACCGAGAAGUCACCCAGAGCCUCAACCUUCCCGAGAUGGAUUUUUGGUUGGCUGCUGCUGCUGACUGCCUGGAGCACUUCCCGGACCAGCUGAUUGUGGUGGCAGGGGAGCACCUCCAGCAGGGCAGUGUUGUUGGGGAGAAGAGCCUGUCUGCACAGAAGAGGCUGCUGUUCGACGCCAUUGCCAAGUACUACAGCGGCCAGGAGAGGGCGCCCUUGCUUACUGGCCGUUAUCUCGACAUCCAUAUUGCCAUACUGGAACUGCUUGACUGUGGGAAGCAGGAACACGCCCUCACGGCCUCCCAGCUGUGUCUGCGGCUGCUGCAGCCGGACACGAGAGCCGAGCUCCACAGUCUGCUGGGCUUCAUGGCAGCAGCUGCGCAGCCAGAGUCUGUCCGCCUGCAUAGACAGGCAGACAACCGAGCGACGGUCGUUCGGACCUUCCUGAAGGCCAUCGUUCAGAGUAACGCCCUGACCCGUACUCAGAGUGAGGAACUGGUUCUGUUUCUGAUGGACAACCAGUCCCAACUCUUCAAGACCCCAGCAUCAUUGACUGAGGCUGUCGGAAAGACCCUGCAAGCUUUGCAGCAAGGAGGGGAUGCCGAUAUAACAACAACGUUCUCGUUCUGCCAGCGUGUGACAGUGGAGCAGUAUGAGGACCAGAGGGAGAAAGCCACUCUGGAAAGCCUGAAGCAGCUCAUCCGUCACAUCAGCCUGAGCGCCUCCAUGCCUCUGAAGGACAAGAGAAGGCUCAUCAAGGACUUCCAGAAGCACCAUCCAGUGGUCUUCCUCCAGCAUUUCUCCAGCACCUUCUAGUGUGAGCACUGCAACACCGUGACAAAAAGUAAUCCGUUCUGGCUUUCCCUCACUCAUUCAUGCAGCGGACACGCUGGUUGGCCUGGGCGGUCCGUUUUGGGGUGUCAUUAGCUCAGAAUCCGUGUUCAAGUUUUUGACGAGAAAUGGCUAACUUAUAGUAGGAAUCGAUUAUUUCUCACCUCAACACUAAUGUUACUUGGUACUCUGAUGUAUGAGCAUUAAAUGUAAAUGAUUAGCACUAAGUCCAAACACUGUAGCUAGGCUGCCUGCUGCAACUACUGGGUGCAAUAGCAUUGUAAUUCCUUGAAAUUAACUUAAUUUUUAAUUCUUUGGUGAUAGCCUUUUAUUCAGUUGCUCGUUUUGUUUAUUUCCACUGUUAAUGUUUUAAUGUUCUUACCCAGGAGGUUACAGUGUCAGUUAUGGAAGCCACACAGCAGAUCAAACUGCUACUGUACUGUACUGAAGGCAAAAUAAUUUGCUUGCCUCAUGAUUUACCUGUGAAGCUCUUGCUAGAUGAUUGGUCAAGCAAAGGAGUAUAAUUGGUGCAUAGAUUUUAAGCAUCUGAAGAGUAAAUGAGUGAUGUUUUGACCACCUGACAUUUCUAUUAAUGCUUCUUUGUCAAUGUAUGGGUAAACUCUAACCCUCGCCAUAGGUACUUAUGGAUUAGGCAGGGAUUAAAAAAAAAUAAUAAUAAAUGUUCAGGGAAAGAUCACAAUAAAAAGUUGGACCGUGGUAGUAAAGUACGAGGUUGCUUUUCAAGUGCCAAAUAUAUUUUUGCCCCCCAGAGAAUAUAACCUUUGAAAUUUAGAUCUUGUUGUAAUACAGUAUAGGAGCACAUUAAUCCCGUGCAUAUUCUGCAGUGAUGAACGGAUAAAGGGUACAGAACUGAAUUUAUAUAACUGAAAACAAUUAAAGUAAUUAAUGUUGGGUUUUAAAAAAAUAUGUUGGAACAUGGCAUUCUUUUUGAAUACAUAAAUACAACAGAUUUUUCAAGAGAUGUGGAUAAACAAAUCGUGUGGUUCAGUGAAUGCUAAUUGUUCGUGGGAGUGCUGUACUAUAUUUUAAGGAAGAAAGGGAAUUUUGUGAAAUAAAUAUGAUUUCUAUAAAAAAUUUGAGCAUGGUGAAAGUAAUGCUAACACCAAUCAUUUUCAUGACAUUUUGAAAGGAUACUGAUGUCAGGUGAAGUCGUGUGCUGGUAAAUGUACAUUGCGAGUUAGGGUUUCAGUUGCAUACAGUCCAGUUCAGUUUGGGCUUGUAUGUUUAAUCCCUGACAGUGAUACAGUGAAGGGCAUGAAUCAAAACAACUGGAACCAAGACCACUGCACAGGGGUAGUAAAUUAUUUCGAGAUGUUUUUGAUUGGAAGGACAGUGGCUUCAGUAAAUGGACUCUGCCCUGUGUAUGUUCGUUUUCGGAUAAGUGGUCAGUAAUGGCAGUAAUGACACACACACGAGCGAGCUCACAAGCGAGGGUGUGUAGGCCUAUUCUGUAUUAUUCUCUUGUACAUUUUCCAGAAAACCUCAGGUGAAGAACAAAUAAACUGAGCACUUUUGAGCAAUUUGAAGCCAUGUGCAUAUGUAGCAACAAUUGGGCAAACCAAAUUGACUGAGAUCUGUUUGCAAAUUAAUUCAGUUUUGAUAGAAUUUUCUUGUUCUUAAGCUGUUUUAAAAUAGAAUGUCAAGGUAAUGAAAAUGAAAGGUGCUGAAAAGUUAUAAUCAAAAAAGGAUCUUUGAUUUGCAAACAUUUCUUGACUUCAAUACCAUUGGCCAUUGCUGUUUUCCAUGUUGUAUUUUGAGCAUGGAAUUCUGUGGAAUUCAGGUUACAACAUGGUUGCACUAGAGAUGCACUAAAAUACUGUAUGUGAAACUAACAAAUGUAAUUCACCAGUAACUGAGUCAAUAAAUCUUUAAUUGUG